UUUUGCUUUGACAUUACAUUUAUUUAAUACGGAAAACUCAGAGUUUCAUUUGUGUGCAAAAAAUUAUAAUUAAAUUCAAAACUGUUUUAAAGCACUAAUUUGUGAUGAGUGAUGCUUGGGAUGAAAUUCAAGCUAUCAAGAGCAAGCGAAACAGCUUCAGAGAAAGACUUGAAAAAAGGAAAAAAGAGCGUCAAGACAUAUUUUGUUCUUCGACAACUAAUGUCGGUUCCUUUAAAGACGAUGAUAUGACCGAUACUGAUUUAGAAAUAGAAAGAAUGUUACUUCAAAUUUUAUCAGGAAAUAAUGUUGUUUUGCCAAUAAACUCUAUUCAACUCACGGAAAAAUUAGAAAAAAACAUGGACCGCACGAUAACAAAAGAUGUAGUUUGCUACAUUUUAAGGCGUUUAGAUUUGCAAGGAGCUGUUGGCAUAAAAAAUGUAUCAAUCAAUGGAGAGCCUGGUUUUGAAGUAAUUUCUAUUAACCAAAAGGAAGUUAUUGAUCUUUAUAAGAGCUUUACAUCUGAUAAAUGUUCUAACGUUUUAGAAAACGAUCAAAAAAGAAAAUAUACGGGAAGUGAAGAAGAAGAUGAUGAUAAUUCGAGAAAGUACAUAAAAAUUUUGGAAACCGAGAAAAAAUCUUUGUUGAAAGAUUCCUCUAAUGAUGCUGAUGAUAUUAUGUCGUUGUUAUCAAUGCCUUCUACAAGAGAAAAACAGAGCAAACAAGUUGGAGAAGAAAUAUUGGAGUUACUGACAAAGCCAACGGCAAAAGAACGUUCUUUAGCUGAAAAAUUUAAGUCACAUGGUGGGGCACAAGUUAUGGAAUUUUGUCCCCAUGGUACUAAAAUAGAAUGUCUAAAAGCUCAACAAGCUGCAGCUGAAAUGUCUUCUGUAAAAAAAUCUCGUAAUGACGAUGAAAAUUCCAAUACAGAAGAAAAAUCAAAUGAUACAGAUUCAACAAACGAACCAGUUGAAAACGCCGUUACUUUAAUAAAAGACGACACCGAUGAAACAACAGACAAGUGUACAAAGCUCCAUUUCAAAAAAAUUAUUCAAGCUCAUACUGAUGAAUCCUUAGGCGAUUGUAGUUUUUUAAACACAUGUUUUCAUAUGAUAACUUGCAAAUACGUUCAUUAUGAAGUAGAUGCUCAUCCCAAUAUUAAUAAUAAUCGCCCUGAAGAGAUAUCAACUUUGAAAAGAGCUGCAGAUCCAAAUGUUACCUUAUAUCCACCACAGUGGAUUCAAUGUGAUUUGCGUUAUUUAGAUAUGACUGUGCUUGGAAAGUUUGCGGUGGUUAUGGCAGAUCCUCCAUGGGAUAUUCACAUGGAAUUACCAUAUGGAACUAUGUCAGAUGACGAAAUGAGACAACUAGGAGUACCUGCAUUGCAAGACGAUGGUUUAAUAUUUUUAUGGGUAACUGGUCGUGCAAUGGAGUUAGGCAGAGAAUGCUUGAAACUAUGGGGAUAUGAACGGGUAGAUGAACUUCUUUGGGUAAAAACUAAUCAGUUACAAAGAAUUAUACGAACUGGAAGAACUGGUCAUUGGCUUAAUCAUGGAAAAGAACAUUGUUUAGUUGGAAUGAAAGGAAACCCAAAGAACCUGAAUCGGGGGCUAGAUUGUGAUGUAAUAGUUGCGGAAGUUCGGGCAACUAGCCAUAAACCAGACGAAAUUUAUGGUAUAAUUGAAAGAUUAAGUCCUGGAACACGAAAAAUUGAAUUAUUCGGAAGACCACAUAAUGUUCAACCAAAUUGGAUAACCUUGGGAAACCAAUUAGAUGGAAUUAGAUUAAUUGACCCAGAAUUGAUAACUUCGUUCCGAAAAAGGUAUCCAGAUGGAAACUGUAUGGCUCCGGCACACGCAGCUAAAAAAUAAUUUAAAUUUUAUAUUUUUUUGGUAAACUUUUAUUAAACUUCUUUAAUAAGAUAAAUAAAGACAUACUGAGAUAGAUUAAUUUUUA